GAAAGGCGGGGCGGGCCGGACUGCAGCGCGCCGCUCCGCGCAGCGUUCCGCGCAGCGUUCCGCGCAGGGCUCCGCGCAGCGUUCCGCGCAGGGCUCCGCGCAACGCAGCCUUAACGGGGCCGCGGAUGCGGGGGAGAUACCGGGAUGGGCCCCCGCGCCCCAGGCCCUAAGCCGCGUAGCGCGGUACCGAAGAACGUAGAGACGAACCGCGCAACUUGCGCCGUGGCCAUGUCCGGAGGGGCGAGCCCGGUCCCGGCCCCUGGGAGCCGCCGCUUCGUCUGUGUUGGUGUCCCAAUUAAUGGAUUCUGACAUGGAUUAUGAGAGGCCAAACGUAGAAACUAUCAAGUGCGUCGUGGUCGGGGACAACGCGGUGGGCAAGACCCGACUCAUCUGUGCCCGCGCCUGCAAUGCCACGCUGACCCAGUACCAGCUCCUCGCCACCCACGUGCCCACGGUGUGGGCCAUCGACCAGUACCGCGUCUGCCAGGAGGUGCUGGAGCGCUCCCGGGAUGUGGUAGACGAUGUUAGUGUGUCCUUGCGGCUCUGGGACACUUUUGGUGACCACCACAAAGAUAGGCGCUUUGCCUAUGGCAGGUCCGACGUUGUGGUUUUGUGCUUCUCCAUCGCCAACCCCAACUCCCUGCACCAUGUGAAGACCAUGUGGUACCCAGAGAUCAAGCACUUCUGUCCCCGCGCGCCCGUCAUCCUGGUGGGCUGCCAGCUCGACCUGCGCUAUGCCGACCUGGAGGCCGUCAAUCGGGCACGGCGACCCUUGGCCAGGCCAAUCAAACCUAACGAGAUCCUUCCCCCGGAGAAGGGGAGGGAGGUAGCCAAGGAGCUGGGGAUCCCCUAUUACGAGACGAGCGUGGUGGCUCAGUUCGGCAUCAAGGACGUCUUUGACAAUGCCAUCCGUGCCGCCCUCAUCUCCCGCCGUCACCUGCAGUUCUGGAAGUCCCACCUCCGCAACGUGCAGCGGCCUCUUCUCCAAGCCCCCUUCCUGCCCCCCAGGCCCCCUCCGCCCAUCAUCAUCGUCCCGGACCCCCCUUCCAACAACGAGGAGCGCCCAGCCCACCUCUUGGAGGACCCCCUGUGCGCAGACGUCAUCCUGGUGCUGCAAGAGAAGAUCAAAAUCUACGCACACAAGAUCUACCUCUCCACCUCCUCCUCCAAAUUUUACGACCUGUUCCUCAUGGACCUGAGCGAGGAGGACCAGCAGAGCGCCGCGGGCCAUGGCUUUGGGGUGGCUGUCACCGCGGCUGCCGAGCGGAUGCUGCACCAAGAGGAGAGGCACCACGGGCGGGAUUUCCUCCUCCGAGCCGCGAGCUUUGACAUCUGCGAGAGCACCGAGGAGGCCGGAUCCGGCCAACGAAAACCGUGCCUUAGAGCCUCCACCAGUGAUGGGAUCCUGCGGGGCAACCGCUACGAGAACGGGGAGCGUGGGCUGCGGCGGGGAAGGGACCUUUCCUCUUGGAGCCGGGCUUUCACCAGCAUCCAGGAGGAGAUGGCAGAAGACCCGCUGACCUACAAGUCCAAGCUCAUGGUGGUGGUGAAGAUGGAUGCUUCCAUCCAGCCAGGUCCUUUCCGGGCCGUGCUGAAGUACCUGUACACAGGGGAGCUGGAUGAGAACGAGCGGGACCUCAUGCACAUUGCUCACAUCGCUGAGCUGCUGGAGGUCUUCGACCUCCGCAUGAUGGUGGCCAACAUCCUCAACAACGAGGCGUUCAUGAACCAGGAGAUCACCAAAGCCUUCCAUGUCCGGAGGACCAACCGGGUGAAGGAAUGCCUGGCCAAGGGGACUUUCUCGGAUGUCACCUUCGUGCUGGAUGACGGUGCUAUCAGUGCCCACAAGCCCCUGCUCAUCUCCAGCUGCGACUGGAUGGCCGCGAUGUUCGGCGGCCCCUUUGUGGAGAGCUCCACCAACGAGGUGGCACUUCCUUACACCAGCAAGAGCUGCAUGCGGGCGGUGCUGGAGUACCUCUACACGGGGCAGUUCAGCUCCAGCCCCGACCUUGACGAUAUGAAGCUCAUCAUCCUCGCCAACCGCCUCUGCCUGCCGCACCUGGUGGCUCUCACCGAGCAGUACACCGUCACCGGUCUGAUGGAGGCGGCGCAGAUGAUGGUGGACAUCGACGGGGACGUGCUUGUGUUCUUGGAGCUGGCUCAGUUCCACUGCGCCUACCAGCUUGCCGACUGGUGCCUCCAUCACAUCUGCACCAACUACAACAACGUCUGCCGCAAGUUCCCCCGGGAUAUGAAGGCCAUGUCAGGAGAGAACCAGGAGUACUUCGAGAAGCACCGCUGGCCGCCGGUGUGGUACCUGAAGGAGGAGGAUCACUACCAGCGGGCGAAGAAGGAGCGGGAGAAGGAAGACUACCUCCACCUCAAACGGCAGCCCAAGAGGCGAUGGCUCUUCUGGAACGCCUCCACCUCCCCUUCCUCCUCUCCUUCAUCGUCGGCAGCCACAGCCUCCUCUUCCUCCUCCUCCUCCUCCUCCUCAGCUGUGGUUUGA